AUGAAAUUCAAAGAAUUAAUAGAGAAAGUAAAAGAUUUGUCAGAUGAAGAGAUUAUUAAACUGGAUGUAGAUUUGAUCUUAAAGAAUUUUCUUAAAGAAUCAAUAGAAAUUAAUAAGUUUAAUUUUGAUCAAGCAAAAGAAUUAGUUUUUUAUAUGAAAGAUUCAAGGAAUAUUUACGAUGAACUAAUUGAAUGUCUUUAUAUUGAAAAAGUAAAACUUGAUGCAUUGAUGUUGAUAUUCGAAUUAGUUGAACACACAGAUUUCGAAUUUGAUAACUUGUGUGAGAAAUUAACUGAAGUUUUGAGUACAAAAACUAAAAUUACUGAAGAAUUACUUUAUUUUAUAAUUCAAGUAGUUAAUUUUGAGGUAAAAAGAUCAAAUUAUGAUUUUAUUGAAGAUAUAAUAACUUAUUUACUUAAUAUGUCUAUAGAUGUUAAUACACCUGCCUCAACAAACAUAAUUUAUACCAUUCUCACCUGUUGUAGAAUUUAUCCUAAUUUAUAUUUAUUAGUUAACAAAUCAAUAUCUAUUAAAAUGUUAUAUUUUUCUUUUAAUAAAAAAUUAAUAGAAAGAAUAUAUAUAGAAGCAAAUAACGACAGUUCGAGACCUAAGAAUGUCUUUUUAAAUAAUUUCUGUUUUCCUAAACUAAAAGAAGAUUUGAUUUAA